AUGCCUUUAUUUAAGUCCAAAAAACAGCAAGAGAAAAAUGAAGAAGCAAAAAAGAAAGUACAGAAGCGAUUGUACUUGGCCAAGGAAUCUCCGGAACCGCUUGUCGAUUUAUCAGAAUGUGAAUUAACAGAGGUUCCUUCCGGUCUUUACUCAACAUGCAAUGUCCUAAGAAAGGAGAAUCUGCUGUUGUAUUGCAAUAAAUUGCGCUCGCUAUCUGGUGGUGGGGAUCUAAAGAAUCUAGCUACAAUCCGAGUUCUUGAUCUUCACGAUAAUCAACUAACAAAGAUCCCUGAAGGCAUACGUCACAUGCAGUGUUUGCAAAUAUUAAAUUUAGAAAAAAACAAGAUAUCAACUAUUUCCAAUGAGAUCGGACAACUUGUAACUCUACAAACUUUGAAUAUUAAAGAUAACGCUGUUAAAGUACUAACUGAUGAUUUGGCGAAACUUAAAAGUUUGCGAAAUUUGGAUCUAUCCGGAAAUCCAAUAUCGUCGUUACCGAAAGACGUGUGCAAAAUAAAAUCACUUGAGACAAUAACAUUAUCUCUUGAUACUCUAAGCUAUCCUCCAAAAGAUGUAGCGAAACAAGGAACAGCAGCCAUAAUGAAAUUCCUAUGUAAAGAUUCAGCAGAUGGGAUAGUUGAAGCUAAAAUAAGCGGCAGUAAUAAAAGAAAUAUUCCUUUCGAAGAUACUAAUGUUGAAGAAAAGAAACGUCAAGAAAGAUUAGAAAUCGAGAGACAAUUUUUAGAAUCUCAGCAAGAACAAUCCAAUUUAGCUGCAAAAGUAAAAAAGUCUCAGGAAAGCUUAGUAAAUACUCUAGCACGCGAGAACGCUGAUAUAGAGGGUAAAUUAAAAUUUGAACAAUCAAAGCAGACGCAAUUAAAAAAGGGUUUAGUUGACCGGUUACAAACGGAGGAGCACCAUUCCUCUCAAGCUGUAGCAAGUAUAUUAGAAACGAACGAAAGGUUACGUAACAAGGAAAAUAUACUGAAAAGCUUUGAGGAGGAAAGAAAUGCCAUUGAAAAACUUGUAAAGGUAACUGUUGAAGAGGAGGAAAAACUAAGAAAGCAGGAAGUCUUAGCCACCAUGAAUAAACUAUUGCGAGAACAACGAACCUUAGAAAUGAUAAGAAAAGAUUAUGAGUCCAAUAAGGAUAUCAGUACUCGUAAAGCAUUAGAAAGUUCUGUUACAGAUGAUGAGAAAAUCGGAUCCUUAAUAGCAUCGCAAAGCCAAGGAAAAUCGGCCAUGAUUCAACAUAUUGCCAACGAAGAAACAAUGCAAGUAAUGGCGUUUCAGGCUCUACUAUUUAGCAAGGAUGCUCAGAAUAGUCGUCUAGCUGGUGAAAUCAUGCGAUUAGAAAACGAGUUGACUACAUUAUCAAUAGAAGAGGCCAAUAAAAGAGGAAAUCGACAAGAUACAGAAACAAUCUCUCUAGCUCUUAAAAGGGAAGAAACGGCUGCUUUGCUAAAACAGCUAACUGAAGAGCAAGCAAGACGCCAAGACGAACUAAAGAAUAGACUAACUGAAAUGGAACAAAGACGUGAUAAUGAAAUUAAGGAUUACUGGCUAAUUCAGUAUCAGCGGCUAUUAGAUGAAAAACCUAAAAUCUUAAUAGAGAUGGAACAUGAACUCGAUGACGAUGUUGUUAUUGUUCUUGAGAAGGCUGGAGCUCUUGAUAUGGAAGUAAUGUUUGCGCGCCAUAAAGUUAGAGCCAGUGAACUACCAGAUAUGGACGAUGAACGUCUCCGCCAAUCUGGGUCUUCAUAUGCAACUCCUACAGCAACAUCUGAUUUGAGCGCAGAAUGUUCGAUUUGCAUGGAUGCACCGGCAAAUGUUGUGUUUCUGGAUUGUGGCCAUGUAUGUACCUGUUUAAAGUGUGCUGAAGCAAUGACUCACUGUCCAAUAUGUCGACAGCUGAUCAUACGAAAAAUCCGAAUAUUUGCGACGUAA